CGCUAGUUACGCGAAUGACGACGGGCGCGAGAUGUGGAGCGCCGCGCAACCAGAGUACAAAUUAGAAUUCCAAUAAGUUAGACUAAGGCUAUUCCGGGCCCCCGUACACAUUUCCAAAAUCCCAACCCCCACCCCACCAAUUUUCAAGAUAUGGUGCCUCAGUCGGUUAAGCUUCUCCAGGCAUCCCUGUUCCGCAUUCAGGGAGCCGGGAAGAUGAAGAUCCAUCCCAUGGCCAAGGGAGCGCUCACCUAUGCCGUGAUGUGGCCGGCGGGAUGUCUGAUCCAGCAGGCGAUAGAAGGCAAGAGUCCGCGAGACUACGAUUGGGCCCGGGCGCUUCGGUUCAGUCUCUUCGGAGCCCUCUAUGUGGCGCCCACUCUGUACGGUUGGGUGCGCCUAACUAGCGCCAUGUGGCCGAAGACCAACCUGCGCUCAGGCAUCGUCAAGGCCGUCACUGAGCAGCUCUCCUACGGACCCUUCGCUUGCGUCAGCUUCUUUAUGGGCAUGAGCUUGCUGGAGAUGAAGACCUUCAGCCAGGCCAUCGACGAAACGAUAGAGAAGGCGCCCCCCACCUACAAGGUGGGAGUCUGCAUUUGGCCCUUCCUGCAGACCAUCAACUUCUCGCUGGUGCCGGAGCACAACCGCGUUGUCUUCGUGAGCAUAUGCAGCCUGAUGUGGACCAUCUUUCUUGCCUACAUGAAAUCCCGCCACGAGAACGAGCCGGCUGUGGAGGAGUAGCCUUUUGUUUAGUAAUCCAAAUUCCUUGUUUGUUUGUUGUUUAGGCCAAUUGUUGAAUUAGAUAGAGAUAGACGUAUAUUUUA